AUGUCCUACCAACAAGAACGCUACAUUGCCGAGCUGGCCGUCCAGCGUGCCACCCUCCUCACCCAGAAGGUCUUCAACGAAAAGGCCAAGGGCACCGUCUCCAAAGAUGACAAGUCACCCGUUACCAUUGGCGACUUCGGCGCCCAGGCUCUGAUCAUCCAAGCCAUCCGCAAGAACUUCCCCAAUGACGAGAUCGUCGCCGAAGAGGAGGCCAGCAGCCUCCGCGAGGACAAGGCGCUGAGCGCCGAGAUCUGGAGACUCGUUCAGGAUAUCAAGUUGGUGGACACCGAGAGUGACAACCUUCUGGGAGGCCCUCUGCCUAGCGAAGAAGCGAUGCUGGACAUCAUCGACCAGGGCAAGAGUGCUGGUGGUGCCAAGGGACGUAUCUGGGCUCUGGACCCCAUUGACGGCACCAAGGGUUUCCUGCGCGGUGGUCAGUACGCCGUCUGUCUCGGUCUGAUCGAAGACGGUGAUGUCAAGGUGGGCGCCAUUGGCUGCCCUAACCUGCCUAUCAAUGAUGCCGAGACCAUGUCCGCGGGCAUCGGCGCCGAGCAGUCCAGCGGCACCGGCAAGGGUGUCCUCUUCUCCGCCAUCCAGGGUGUUGGUUCCAUCAGCCGGCCCCUCACCAACGGUGCUCUCGCGGAGAGCAAGUCCAUCUCCAUGCGCCCCGUCCCCGAUAUCGCUCAGGCCGUGUUCUGUGAGGGUGUCGAGGCUGGUCACUCCGCUCAGGACGACAACGCCGCCGUUGCUAAGCUUCUCGGUAUCACCUCCCCCAGUGUGCGUCUGGACUCGCAGGCCAAGUACUGCUCGAUUGCCCGCGGUGCUGGUGACAUCUACUUGCGUCUGCCGGUGCGGAAGGACUACCAGGAGAAGAUCUGGGACCACGCUGCGGGUGACCUGAUCGUGCGCGAGGCUGGUGGUCAAGUGACGGAUAUCUACGGCCAGAGACUGGAUUUCAGCAAGGGCAGGACCCUGGCGGCCAACAAGGGAGUUGUCGCGGCCCCCAAGGCCCUUCAGGACCAGGUCAUCGGUGCGGUGAAGACUGUCCUGAAGUUGUAA